GGAAUUUUCUCGGUGACCAGACCAUAUACGACGAAUUGCAUCUUGGCUGGCCUUUGGGCACCCCCGCCUGCCCGCCCGGACUCGCUCGCGUGCUUCCCUCCUCGCCGGCUGCCCUGUCUCCUCCCUGGUUGGCCACUCGGAUCCGCUGCCUUGUGUUUCUCGUGGCUUCCACCGAGUCUGUAGGCUCCCCUCCCCCCGCCGUCGGGAUAAUCUGCUGCCACGCCCCGCCGCCACGCACUCUGCCAUGUCUGGGACGAUAACCCCGUCGUUGUUGAACAAAACACCGUCUGGCCUCGGUCUGCUUUCCCUUGGCCUCCGCUACCCCCUAUCCAUGUGUCCGAUUCCAGGAGUGCACGACACCGUACACAGCGACUUCGCUGGACUCGUAGGGUGCCCCUGAACCGGGCUGGCUGACAAUUGCCCGGACGUCCCCUCGGAUUCCUGCUCCGCCCGGAGGAGAAGAUGAGCGCCGACUCUGCCGGUCAAGCGUCAUACACCAGUCCCUCGGCUCUGGCGUCGAGCUUUAGCCUGAGAAAGGAGAGGGGCGCCAUUGCUGCUCAGGCCUGCGACACCUGCCGCAGUCGAAAGCAGAGAUGCGACGAGAAACGUCCUAAGUGUAGCACCUGUCAAAAGUUCAGGCUCGAAUGCAACUACCGCGAGCCUCAACCAACAAAGAAGGACCGGACCUUGGUUGAGAUCCUGGACAGGAUCAAGAGUCUCGAGGGCAAGAUUGACAGCCUAGGCAUGCGGGUAGAAUACCCGUCGUCAACGACAACAGCUUACGGCCCGCCGCACCAACACGAAAGCACGCUCGCUCCGACGUCCAGCAUCCUUACCACCCCUCCGUUUCAUCUUCCUGAGCCCUCUAGUCCCACGUCAGGAGGCGACGAGAACUACAGAUAUGUCUCGUCGGUCCAUCAAAUGCUGGCCUGGCCCGCCAUGCAGCAGCUUCUCGCCGCCGUGCAGCCCAAGGUCCCCAACCUUGACCUGUCCUCUAUCGAGCGAGAUGGGCCAGCAGCAAUGCUCGGUUUGCACCCACCGGUUGGCCAAGGCCUCCUGGUCAACACCUCUCUGGCGUCUCUGGCUAUACUGCCUGCUGUUAACAUGCCCGCCUCUACACCCUUAUCUAUCUCGGGUCCGAACUGGGACACAAUGAUGAGGCUGAGCAAGGCUUACUUCGACACAUUCAACCUUUUCUUCCCCAUUCUCGACCGCCAAUCCUUCGAGUCCGACAUGGUGCCCUCCGCCUUCAACCAGGGCUUCAGCCAAAACAUGGCCUCGACGAUUGCCUUUCUCGUGUUUGCUCUGGGGGAAGUUGCCCUUGCAGCCUCCGAUGGUCUUCCCGUUCAUGUGCACAAUGGCCGGUCUAGUGGGGUCAAGGGGGGCUCUAAGAACGAGCCACCGGGGCUGGAUUAUUUCAACGAGGCGAGGAAGCGCAUGGGCUUCAACCUCACAGAGUGUAGCCUCGAAAACGUACAAAUCUUUGCGCUGACGAGCAUCUAUUACGGGACUUGCUUCCAUACUAUGGACUUUUGGCGCAUGACAACCUUUGCAUCAUUGGCAUGUCAGGCCCUGGUGGUCAGCAACCCCGGCGAAUUGUCGUCCCCCCGAGCGGACUUGAUCAGACGGAUAUUUUGGCAUUGCUCGAUAAUGGAAACGUCUAUGAAUCUGGAGCUCGGGCUGUCACUUACCGGCCUAGAUAAGCUAGAGUCUGUCGUUGGCUUGCCAGACUUUAGUGCCUCUUACUCUGAUGUUGAUUACAUUAACAACCAGGAGUCCCAUUGCCAGGAGUAUCUUAUAUCUCAGAUUGUCUUGCGGCGGCUGGUGGUCAACUUUCACGGCGUUUUAAGUCAGACAUCUGCAUUUCCGUUAAGCGGGCCUACACCAACCCCAUUCAGCCCAACCACGGCUAGUGGGGAGAUGGGAGUUAGUCGACACAUGAUCCAUCAACUUACCUUGCAGCUCGACCAGUGGCGUGGGAUGCUCCCAGCUCAGCUCCGGUGGCAGGAAGAUUCUCCCGGUGCAUUUCCCAAUGCCAUUUCGGAGACGUACAUCGGGAUCGGCGGAGGCGACGGCGGUGACAGUCUUUACUCCUCAGAUCCCAGCAGCAGUACGUCGUCGGGGAUAUCAACGUCUGCACAACAGCAACAAGUAGGUGGUGCUUCGUCUUCGGGCUUGGCUGCCUCAGCAGUUCCAGCCGCGCCGCUUAUGUUCACGACGGACCUAGAUGCGCCGCCGGUACGCUAUUCGUUCGGUCUCGAUGUCCAGGUCGCACUCCUACGCACACGUUACUACUACACAAAGUACCUAGUGCACAGACCGUUUAUGUACAAGGCUCUGCACUUCCCAGAUGCGGUAACGCACGACGAUGCGUUGGGCGUGGCAGAGUGCCUCAAGGCCAGCCUCAAGUGGCCUGUCGCCAUGUCGCCUACGUGCACCCAUAAGCGCCUCAUCCCGUGCAACUUCUUCUUUACCCGUAACCUGUUUGGCAUUCUUGUGCUGUUGCACCUUAGCACCACGGUACCUAUCCUGAUACGCAUCCGAUCUACCCUCUGCGGUGAGCGAUUCGAGAUGGACGCCGGCGAGACCGUUGGCUUGUAUCUGGACUGGCUGCGCGAUCUGCAUGCAAUGGAUGAUGGCACUGCCGGCUGGCAUUGGGAUAUCGUGCGAGCGAUAUACGGCCUGGAGGACUAAAGCUACUUGUAGCUGGCUUCGAAAAGAGGACCAAGGGAAGAUUCGUCUUGACUUUAUGUCUACGCUAUCAUCUCCCUCGCAGCCGGCAAGAAUAUGCCGAAAGGAAUACGCAUACUACAGCAGCCUACCUCCAAGCACUGUCAAGGUGGAUAGGCAGGCAUCUAACAUCAAAUUGUACAUAGCUGCCACGUAGGUAACAUGAUCCCAGGGUGCUAUAUGAAGUGUAAAAUGGAGUCAAGCCUCAAGGGGUUUGCGUCAUCUAAAUUUUGUUGUCAUCAUCCGUCAUUCGGUGAACCAACCUUUCCGAGAAAGGCACUUUGUAGCUAUCUCAACUAUGAAGCAUGUAAACAAAGAAAAAAAGAGCAAAAAAACAUACCACACCAGGG